AUAUUGUUCCGUGUUAAGCUACUGUGGAAAACUUUCGCGAGAUCGAGAAGUUAUGUUAGAUUACCCGGUAGUCAUUUUCAUUUAGGUUAUGUGAACCUGUACGGCAAAGUUGGAAGUCAUUUUGAGUGUUGUCUGUGAUUCAACCUGAUCUUUUUCGUAGACAUGAUUAGUUUCAGUGGAUUCUACUAGAAGCAGUAAGCCAAGAAUAAAAGGAAUAGACGUCGGUUUGGAUUAUCAUUGAUUGUUUUUGUGCAACUCCAUUCUAAAAAAGAAUGGCGUCAAAGUUGCGCAAUAUGGUGAGCAAGAAGAAGAGAAGAUUCAUCGAUAAAGGCUUCGACUUGGACCUGAGCUACAUCUAUCCAAACAUUAUAGCCAUGGGUUUCCCUGCCGAGUCGCUAGAAGGGGUCUACAGGAACAAACUGGAAGUUGUGGUCAAAUUUUUCAAUGAGAAGCAUGGAGAGAGGUACAAGGUGUAUAACUUGUGUAGCGAGAGGAACUAUGACACCACCAAGUUCUACAACCGAGUUGCACAUUAUCCUUUUGAUGAUCACAACCCUCCCAGAUUAGAACUGAUCAAACCGUUUUGUGAAGAUCUAGACAACUGGCUCGGGGCGGACGGCCAGAACGUGGCCGCAAUACACUGUAAAGCCGGCAAGGGACGGACGGGUGUAAUGAUCUGUGCAUACAUGUUACAUAGAAGGUUAUACCAGACGGCAAGUGAGGCAUUAGAUUUCUACGCAUCCAAACGGACAAAGAACAGAAAGGGAGUGACGAUCCCAUCACAACGGCGGUACGUUGAAUACUAUGGCAAUCUGAUAGUCAGGGAACUGGAGUACAAGCCCACGACGCUUCUUCUGACUCGUAUCGAUCUCGAGACGGUGCCCAUGUUCAACGGGGGCUCCUGCGCUCCCGCCUUCGUCAUCUAUCAACAAAAGGUCAAGAUCUUCUCAUCGCAACCAUAUGAGGUGGCAAAAAAAGAGAGGAGCGUGAGGUGUGAAUUCCCGCUCCCUGUGCCUAUCUGCGGCGACAUCAAAAUAGAGUUCUUUAACAAGCCAAAUAAACUCAAAAAGGAUCGGAUGUUUCACUUCUGGUUCAACACCUUCUUUGUGGCCAACUCCAACCUUCUCAACUCAAGUAGCCAGCAAGAUCUUGCCAACAACGGAUCAUCAGACAACUCAUCGCAUUGCAGCGAAGACAACAUGGAGGCUCUGGACGCAGACUGCACCGUCCUCAGGUUACAGAAGGACCAGUUAGAUAGAGCAAACAAAGAUAAGACGAACAAGUGGUAUUCCCCCAAUUUCAAGGUUAUCUGCUACUUCAAACGGGUCGAGAACGAGAAGCCAAGGAGACCGUCGGGGGACAGCAAUGACCGAUCAUCGGGUACGAGUAGUGAUCAUGAACACAGUGAUGGAGGUGACAUAUCAGAGACAGACUCGGAAUCCGAAUGGGAUGUGACGGAGAUCACUCAUGUAUGACGACAGGCGACAAUGGUCUGCCAGGACAAUUUCUCCCGGAGUCUUCUUGUCCAGAUGAAGUCUCGAGUAGAAUAUCGGACGCAAGUGCGCUAGAUGUGUCUGGACGUUGUUGGAGAAUGCAUGUGCCGUCGUCGGUGCUGUGCGACGAGGGUUUUUUAGGAGGAGGAAGAGGAUGUUCAUCUAUAGAUAUUAUGAAGGACUGCAUGUAUUGAAGAAGAGAAUGUAGGCACUUGUUAACCCCAUGGUUAGAUGGGACAAAGAUGAAACUUUGCUAUCACCUCAUCAACUUUUUUUCGUUUUUCAUCGAAUCUUGUCAUUUUACAAUGCCAGUUUUUGUCGGCUUGUAAGAUAUCUGUUCCCCCUAGAAGAAUAGCAAGCGAGGUCGUCUCAUCCAGGUCACGUGAUUCCUGUAAGCCAAUCGAAAGCAAUCCCACACAACCAUGAUCGUUUACAUUGCCAAAGCUUUGAGUGAAUUUGCAAACUUAUAAGUU